AUGCUAAAAAGAGUUCUGGAGGACAUCACAAACAUAUGCCACACAAACAUACGGGUGACAAUUAAAAAAGAGGAAAAGCCGAUUCGGAGGGAAAUAUUAGCAGCGUACUUAGAAUAUGCAGAGACGUAUUAUAAGCACCUAAACAGAGUUUUAUCGCAUACAAAGGAAAUAGGCCGGAAGUAUGAGGAAGUAGAGGGGAUGACUCUUUAUGCGGAAGUAGAGGACCGUAUCAUGCGGGAGAAUAAAUCUUCCAUAAAGGAGAUACGCGGAAUAUUCACAUCCACGGAUAAGCCAGCGCCAUCUGCCGUGAAUUCUUCCCUAAUAAACCGACUGUACUGUAACAGAAAGAGCGAGAGAUUCCCGGAGGAUGCCCUCUUUUCGAUUCCGGUACAGGACAUCUUCAAAGCCCAUAAUAUAACAGGAGAGAAAGGGUCCUCCAUAAAAAGAAGAAAGUAUGAGGAGUAUCCAAGAGAAGCAACAAAGAUAUCUGCUGUGAAGAGGCCGUGCAGAGCAAGCGAGAGUUCUUCUGAUGAGAUUGACAUUAGCACAGAGGAGUAUAAGGACAGAGGAGAGUGUUCACAGAGCAUGCAAGUGGGCAUAAAAAGCAGAAAGUCACAAAUAACAAUGAAAAUGCGGCAGACCCUUCUAGAGUGGAUGUACGAUGUAAAGGUAGACUAUAAACUAGCCAGUUCAAUAUAUCAAGUGGCAGUAAGAAUAACAGACAAGUACUUCCUGAUCACAGCACUCCCUAAAGAAAAGUAUCAGUUAGUUGGGGCAGUCAGCUUAUUUAUUGCGAAUAAGUUAAUGGCGUGCAAGUCCAGGAGUCUCAUGGCGUACGUGGACGUAUGCGAUGGUGCGUACAGUAAAGAAGAAUUCCUCGUCUGUGAAAGGGAUAUUUUAAUGCGAAUGGGCGGAUGCCUGAACUUCCUGCUCCCACAGCAUAUUAUAACAGAGGAUAAGUACUUGGUUGGUAAUGCACUGUGUGAGUAUGCAAGUGAAUCUGUCCUUCUGGAUGCAUCGUACGCCUGCCUGGCCCCUAAAGAACUCUCCCAUUUCAUUGAGUCUAAUAUUUCUGCGUGCUUGAAUGGGGAGACGCCUUCGCCCAGGUUUGCCUCUCUUUUGAAGAAGUCCGCAGUUCUCCUUGACCAGCAGAUAAAACAAGUUAGGGAAUUGGUUAAGAAAUUGUAAGAGAAUAAUUAAAGUAAUAAGAGUAC